CCCCACGACAUUUGUUUCCCCUUUCGCCAGCUCACUCUCUCUCUCUCUCUCUCUCUCUACAGCCCACCCUUUCAACGUUUACCACAGCAGAUCUCCCGCUGCUCGCUAUUUGCUCUCUCUGGGUUCCCCUUAGUAGUGCUCUUUUACAUUGCCCAAUGCCGCCUUCCCGAUUCUUCUGACCCUCCCCCUCCGCUCAAAGUUCUCAUUUUUUCCCCCCUUUUCUGGGCACCCCUCAGAUUCUCUCCUUCCCAGGAGGAGCAGGGGCGGGGCAAGGCAGAGCAAGCAAUGGCGAAUGGGGCAGAGGGAGAUGGUGGGCCGGCGGUGAUGUUCUCCGAUGAGGAGCUGAGGGAUGUGAGUGGGACGAGGAGAGGCGGCGAUUACGUAGAGGUGACCUGCGGGUGUACCAGUCACCGAUACGGCGAUGCUGUUGGUAGGCUUAGGGUUUUCGUCAAUGGUGACCUCGAAAUAACCUGCGAGUGCACUCCCGGCUGCGAUGAAGACAAGUUGACUCCCGCUGCAUUUGAGAAGCACUCUGGAAGAGAGACAGCUCGUAAGUGGAAAAAUAAUGUCUGGGUCAUUGUUAAUGGGGAGAAGAUGCCUUUGGCAAAAACUGUGCUUCUCAGAUACUACAACCAAACAUCAAAGAAUUCUAAUGGGUCCCAUAGAUCCAAUGGGAAAGUAUUCCAUCGCGAUGAAUUCGUUUGCUGCAGUAGGUGCAACAAGGAGCGCAGGUUCCGCUUGCGAACUAAAGAGGAAUGCCGGGUGCAUCAUGAUGCUUUGGCUGAUGGCAACUGGAAAUGUGCUGACCUACCAUAUGACAAUAUAACAUGCGAGGAUGACGAGGAACGGGCAAGCCGGAGGGUGUACAGGGGAUGUUCUCGAUCCCCGACCUGCAAAGGCUGCACAUCGUGCGUCUGCUUUGGGUGCGAGAUCUGUCGAUUCGCGGAUUGCAGCUGCCAAACUUGCAUGGACUUCACAAGGAAUGCCAAAGCCUGAGAUUCUACUCUAUCUAUUUAUCUAUCCAGCUAACACGGUUCCUCCAUCUGUAGCAGCAAGAUUGAGCGUCGAACUCAUCUGCUGAGUUAGGCAGACUUGAUUAUUACAAAUUUUCCAGCCUAAAAGCCUAAUUUCCAUUGAUUGAUAUUGACUGGUCAAACCUUGAGAAUGAAGCAUUUAUGAUUUAUCUCAUA